CCGGGCAGCGGCGCGGAGGAGGAGGCGGGAGCGGCGGCGGCGGCAGGAGGAGGAGAAGGAGAAAGAGAAAGGCAGCCGGGAGGGAGGGAGCGCCGAGCCGGAGACUAGCAGAGCGAAUUCUCCACCGUCCUCUAGCACCCAGCAAGCGGCGGCAGCGGCGGCGGCUAGGAAUAGAUAGCUAGAAAUAUCAAAACCGCCCCGCUCCUGCACCAUGGUUCUGCGAAGUAGGCUCCCUUCUUGGAUUAUUUUGUGCUCCGUCUGGCUGUUCCGAUUUGCACACACGGGGGAGGCACAGGCUGCGAAAGAAGUAAUAUUGCUGGACUCUAAAGCACAACAGACAGAGUUGGAAUGGAUUUCCUCUCCUCCCAAUGGGUGGGAAGAAAUUAGUGGACUGGAUGAAAACUACACUCCUAUACGAACAUACCAGGUAUGCCAGGUCAUGGAAUCAAACCAAAACAACUGGCUUCGGACUAACUGGAUUGCAAAAAGCAAUGCACAAAGGAUUUUUGUAGAACUGAAAUUCACUCUGAGGGAUUGUAACAGUCUUCCUGGAGUUCUGGGGACUUGUAAAGAAACUUUUAACUUGUAUUAUUAUGAAACAGACUACGACACUGGCAGGAAUAUCCGAGAAAACCAAUAUGUAAAAAUAGACACUAUUGCAGCAGAUGAAAGUUUUACCCAGGGUGAUCUGGGGGAAAGGAAAAUGAAACUUAACACAGAGGUGAGAGAAAUUGGACCUUUGUCCAAAAAAGGAUUCUAUCUUGCAUUUCAGGAUGUAGGGGCCUGCAUUGCUUUGGUCUCUGUCAAAGUCUACUACAAGAAGUGCUGGUCCAUCAUUGAGAACUUAGCUAUUUUUCCUGACACAGUGACUGGCUCAGAGUUUUCCUCUUUAGUUGAAGUACGAGGAACUUGUGUCAGCAGUGCAGAGGAGGAGGCUGAGAACUCUCCGAAGAUGCAUUGUAGUGCAGAGGGAGAAUGGUUAGUGCCUAUUGGAAAGUGCAUCUGCAAAGCGGGAUACCAGCAGAAAGGAGACACGUGUGAACAUGAACACUGAUUACUUCUCAGUGGUCUAGUGGGAUAAUGAAUAAGAGAGCCUAACUCCAGAGAGCUCACAGUCUUCAUGUAAGGCAAAAUCUUAAAGUUUGGUGAAACAAGCAUGAGAAAAC